GGUGCCCGUGCCUACGAAGCUAUCCUGCUCCUCAGGCACCCCCCAACCCAAGCCACAGUGAGACCGGCCCCAAGGGGCUCCCGGAGCCAGCAGUGACAGGCUCCCGCGGGGGGGAGACGGAGCUCCCGGACACUCGGUAAAGGAGAGCGCUGCACAGACCCGCUGCUUCCGGCCGGAUGGCAACCGUAUACCCUCCAAAACGAAGCCCCCAGUUGAUGACUCCGGAUCCUCACUAUAUCCCGGGAUAUGCUGGUUAUUGUCCUCAGUAUAAAUACAGUGUUGGACAAUGCUACAGCAAGCUGACCUCUAAACUGCUCACAGAUCCUGCAAUAGCACACUCUCGACAAUUACUCCUUCAGCCAAAUCAGAAUCAAGAAAUUAACAAUGACGUGGGUGCUGAACAACAUCAAGGUCUACCUCAGAGUCACAAGGUGAUCAGGAAAGUCGAAAAACUGAGUGACUUAAUGGUUCCUGGAUACACUGGCUUUGUUCCCAGAAAAAAAAUCUAUUUUUCAAAAACCUACAGAGAAACCUGUGCUGAUGCUAUUGCAGAUUUUGAGAGAGAACAACUUAAGAUUGCUGCGAAAAAACAGGAGAUGGAAUUAAUAAACGCAUUACAGACUGGGACAACUAGAGCGCAGUCUGAGCAAGAGAAGAAACUUUUAACAGUCAAUUACAGGACACCUUUUAAAGCAAUUGCUACCAAUCCUUUUCCUUGGAAAUCUGCUAAUUCUUACAAAGCACUGCCCUCUCCAUACUUCAUGCAAAAUAAAGACCCAAAUAAACAUUUUAUUUCAGGAUACAAAGGGCAUGUACCCCGAGCUCGAUUUCUGCUUGGAACCAGCUAUCCUGCCCUGACUAAUUGUGCGUUGAUUGAAUUUGACCAAAUGCUUAAUAAGACAAAAUCUGCAUCAAUUCCAAGUGAGAACUCUGUAAAAGAGGAUGAAACUCUACCCAGGAUUACUCAUGUUUAUCCUUCAGAAAUGGGAAUGAUGCCUCAAUAUACAGGCCAUAUACCAGGAUACAAAUAUCAGUUUGGCCACACUUUUGGACAACUUACACACAAUGCGCGAGGAAUGAGCACCAUCCAGAAACAAGUCAUGGAUUGAAAACCUAAUGGAGCAGAUUAAUAUCAUACCAAUGAUCAAUAUUGUUUAAAGGAUAAUCAACAUUUAGAGAACAAAGCCAAUUGUAUUCAUUUGACUUGUACCAAAAGACCACUUAUUUCUUGCAAAGGUGAUAGUGAUUCACUGGCAGUAAUUCUGAAGUGAUUUUAAGCAUUUACAAGAUUCAAAAGAAUUCUUAAGAAACAUUCUUUCUACUUUGGACAUGACUUCAUGCAGAUAAUUCUGGUAUGUUAAUCAUAUUGUGAAUUGAUUGUUCAGUGUUGUAUGCAUAAAGAAAUAAGUCUCACUUGAAGGCGUUUUGGAUAGUUUUCCCUAAAAUUUGGGCUGCAGCAACCUUAACAUUCUCAGGUUUACAUUUACGUAAGAUAUACAACAUAGAAACUGACCA